GCGGGGUUAUCACUAGCUGUUAUUUUGCGGUAUUUUAAAUGAGCACCCACCAACAUAAGAACGAAGUUCUGCAGAAACGACUUGACCAAAAGUUUUCACAUCAGGCUGGAAAAUGCAGAGAAGCAACAGAAAAACUUUUUCUUGUUCUCAAAGAUAUCAUAAGGUCUACUGAGCGGUAUACUAAAGGCUGUUUUAAAAACUUGAAGACCAGGUCUAGUAGUUCUUCUGAAGAACCCGUCUUAGUGGCUGAUCUGAUCUCUGAUAGAGUGUUUAGCCUGCUUACAGGAUUUCACUCACUUUCCGGGAAUUUCACUUCGUCGCUCUUACAGCUUACAGAUUCCUCAGAAGAUGGCUUACCGCUUGUCAAGGGAGAUGAUAGGAAGUGUCUUUCUCAUUCGUUUGAUAAAGAAUACAUAAAAAGUCACUUGGUUAACUCAACUCGACUCGUUUGCAUGUUAAAAACGAGUUUUGAGUUGCAGGAAGUUGCUAUUUCGUCCCAAAUUUCUUAUGUCAAGGGGAUAUGUACAGGAAACGAAAAAAUGUCAUCAAAUUUUACAGAAGAAUAUUUAACCGAAUUAGAAAAACAAUGUACCGAAUUAUCUUCAGAAUUAGCUGCUCUGGAACUAUGUGAGGUUAUGCAAACGAAGUUGACAGGCAUGGGAACUAAUGACGAAAAUCAUCUGAAGCAUAUAAACGAGCUUCAGAAGAUUAUUGUUCAAGAAAACUGUUGGCUACACUUUUUAACAGAUGUAAUUACCUUGGAGCAUAAUUCUUGUAAACAAGUCUCGCAAGUCUUCUUUACUAUUUCUCAGACAUUUCGAGAAAUGUGUUUACAGAUUUUCGGGAAAUCACGAAGUUCGUCUUCAUCCACGUAUAGCUCUGAUGAGCUAGUUAAGUGUGAUGUUUCAAAAUAUUUUGAAGAUGCAAUUAUUCAUCUGUUACUGUCAUCUCAACUACCACCUGAACUUUUUGAAAGACUGGAAACUAACGAAAACCGUUCUGAACAAAUCAUUGAUGUUUUAUGCUGCUUGCAACGGAGCCUGUCAUCAUAUCAAAACUCGACUAAUGUUGUAUCACAGAAAGUAAACAGUGGUAUACAGAACAUACAGUAGUAUAGCACACUAAGUAAAAAUGAAUGGCUUUCAAUCUUCCUCGUGAACAACCUAACUAGUCCAUUGCAAUCAGAAGGGAAAGGUCGGAGUUAGAUCAAUUUUCACUACUUAUCUAGUUCUUGUGGAUCAAGUUGCCUACAAGGCAAAAGCCACAGACAAUUAGUUCAUUUUAAGGAAACAUUUGAUUUUCCGAAUGCGUAUUUAACAAAACCGCCUGCUAAGCAUGCUGAACGACUCAAUCCAGAAUGUAUUCAUGAUAAUUGGAGUGGUAUUUGUGUGCCAGAGCUUAAAGCUGAAUUUGUGAAUACUUGUCAAGAACUUAAUGACUUGGAAGAUCAAAUUCAUCUUUUGGAAAUUGAAGUUGGCAAUAUUUUCCCGCAUUGAAGCGUUUCUUCUAUGCAACAUUUUACGUUAUUACCAAUUGAAAUCAACUCUGCUUGUGGCAUGUAAAAAGAGUAUUAUGAAUUUGUGUGAUUUUAAAAGUUAACGUAUAAUUUAUUUCCCUGCUUACGGGGAACUCAAUACGGAGAAAUGAUGGUUUUUAUAUCGAAGCAAACCAAAAGCUUGCAUGGACGAUUACCUUUAGUUUCUCUUAGAGCUCGAAACUAUUCAUCAGAUCGAUUGAUGAUACAUACCUCACAGUUAAUAUGAGUUAAAAGGAAUAAAUUUUUAAUAGUCA